CGCCAUCAAUCGAUCUAGAACGUGUGUACGCGCAGUUCUUAAGCCGUUUUCCGAUCGUCCUCUGUUAUUGAUACGUAUAAAUUGUUAUAAUAUCAUAGUAAACACUCGUGUUUUUUUACAACGUCAAGGAAAAUGUUGUCAAAGGUUAUCGUCGGUUCUUGCGUCUUGCUGUACGUCAGUCUCACGGUUCAGUCGUAUCCUCAAGGUUACGGUGGCAGCGCUGGACACGACGACGACGACCACGUGGACUACUAUGCUCAUCCAAAAUACUCUUACAAAUACGGCGUGCAAGACCCGCACACCGGCGACUACAAGACCGCGCACGAGUACAGAGACGGUGACGUGGUGAAGGGAUCGUACAGCGUGCACGACCCCGAUGGUACGUUGAGGACCGUCGAAUACGUAGCCGACAAGGAAAACGGUUUUAACGCAGUCGUUCACAAGACCGGUCACUCCAACCAUCCAGACCACUACGAACACUAUUAAACAGCUGAAAGUGAAUAACGCAAUGAUCUUUCCAAGGUAAUUAUAUGGUUUAUAACUUCCGAUAACUAUACUCAUUUUCCAAUAUAAAGGACACAGGAAAACAAUUAAAUAACAAUCUAGUCCUUAAUUUUAUUUAAUUGGUUUGACUUAUUUGUCAGCAAAAUAUUCACACAUAUUAUUAUACUUUUAUACGUCAUAUUAUAAUCAUUACUAUUAUAUUAUUAUUAUUUUUAUAUUAUUUAUACUUUUUUUUUACAUAUUAUUUUAUAUUAUAACUUAGAAAUAAUCACGGUAUGUUAAAGUAUUAAUAAAUACUAAAAAUAUUAUUACCGUACAGUACAUUCUGUAAUAUACCGUGUGUAUAAUCUAAAAAUACUCACUGUAUUUUAUAACGGCUGAUACAUAUAAAAUAUUAUAUACCAAUAUUG